AUGGGCCAGGUGAACUGCUGCCGCGGCCCCAGGGACGACCCUGACCCCGUGCAGCAGUGCACGCCUGUCCCAGCAUCACCCCAGCCGCUGCUCCGCCAGCGCGUGCGGCUGAGCCAGGGCCGUGCGACGAGGAAGAGGGACCUCCUCCUCUUCGGCGACGCCUUGGUCAUCGCCAAGCCCAACUCCCGGGCGCUGAAGGAGCUCUGGCUCAGCGCGCUCCUUGGGCCACCAGAAGGAGUGGAAGGAGCCCGGCUGACCCAGCUGCCCUCCAUCAAGCUCCUGCUGCAGGAGCUGAGCGGCCGCAAUGCCGUGAGUGUCCCUCCUGCCUCCGCUCUGCCCAGCCCCGAGGCUGCUCCAGCCCAGCAUCAGGCUGGUGCAGAGCAGCGGCCACCUCCCGUCCCCUCCGGCGGCAGCAGCGAACGUGGCCUUGGCCCCUCGGCUGCAGGCGGGACCCGCAGGAGGAGGAGGGGGCUGCCCUGGCCCUUCGCACGGCGGCGAGGCAGCUCGGCCGCUGCAGAGGCAGCCGGGCAGUCGGGCUCUGGCGGCAGGGGGGCUCUCUUCGGCCAGCCCCUGGCAGCUCUCUGCAGCCAGGACGGCACGCUGCCCCAGCCCAUCCAGGACCUGCUGGCUCUCCUGGCCGAGCACGGGCCAUCCACGGAGGGGAUCUUCCGGCUGGCGGUCAAGGAGCACGUCUCCCGGGAGCUGAGGGAGGCCCUCGACAGCGGAGCAGAGGUCCACCUCGAAAGCCAGCCUGUGCACGUGCUGGCCGUCCUCCUGAAGGACUUCCUGCGGAAGAUCCCCUCUAAGCUCCUCGGGGCAGAGCUGUACGAGGAGUGGAUGAGCGCCCUGCAGAAGACCAGCAGGCAGGAGAAGCUGGCAGCACUCAGGGAGGUGGCCGGCAAGUUGCCCCAGGCCAACCUCCUGCUCCUCAAGAGCUUGCUGUCCCUGCUGCAAAGGAUCAGCAGAAACGCGGCCAGCAGCAGGAUGACUGCCGGCAACCUGGCCAUCUGCGUGGGGCCGAACCUGCUCGGCCCACCCGAGGAGCAGACGCUGCCCCUGGACGCCCUGGUGCAGGUGACGGGGCAGGUGCCUCCAGUCGCUGCAGAAAGCCAACACCUGAAGAGCUCCUCUGGGGAGAGAAGGUAAAAUGAGCUCGCUUUGAUUAAGAGCAGGAGUGGUUCAAGUUUGUCACAGCUUUCCCUGUCUAACCAUACUAUUGAAUGGAAAGCUUGCCAGGCCCUUCACAAGAAAGCAGAAAGCGAAAACUGACCUGUGAAGAGGGGAGCGACGGGCACCCGGGCAGGAAGAGGAGAAGGCUGGAGAGGGAGCUCUCGGGGAUGGGCGACUGAGACGAAAUCCAGGCAGGGCGAGAAGAACGAGGAGGCCAGGUGCCGAUGUGGUUUUGCUGCUUGGAUUCCCCGGAUGAGCUGCGACGCCUGGGCUUGGAGGGGCACGAUGCAGCCCCAGCACCCCCUCGGCGGAGGCGAGGAGAGAGGCACCCAUGCCCUUCUGCUCUGGCCGGCAGAUUUCCCUCGUGCUCCGCUCAGCCGGAGAGCCCCGCACCGCCGUCAGACCCCCCCAGCCUGCGCAGGAGGCCUUGCUGGCUCCCUCAUCAGCUCCCUCAACAAAAGCCCACCGGCUGGCACGUCUCCCCCGGUGGGGAGCUGGCCUGUGACCUUCAGAUUCGAGGGAGGGUGUUGUGGGUGGCGGUGUCUGUCGUCUGGGAGGGAGGGACACGGGGGACGGCGUUUAUGCUGGACAGCACGUCCCAUACUACAAACCCCUCCAGGUUUUCUUUGCACCAACUCAUUCUUGGCAGCCAGAUGCUGAACCAAGUUGCUCAGUACAAGAAGGGAGCACCCAUUGCUGCUCUUUGGCUAGUGCAUGUAUAGCGGCACGCAGCAGAAUACCCUUUCCCACAAUCCCCUAUUACUAUGGAUUUUAGAAACAAAUUUUUGGAGGUGCGUUAUAGUUUUUUGGAUACAAGUUCUACUAUUAACUUGGAAAUGUAGUGUCUUAGCUCCCUUUCCCCCCUUAAGCCCAUAUAGGUACAUUGCUAAGUGUUCUGCUUUAGUGGUUUUGCCAUUUAGAAAGUAGUCGUUUCACAUUCUUUGAGCACGCAUUUCUAGGAAUUUAGUUUUAUUUCACAAGCCUAGUGUUAGAGUGACUUUUCAGCCGUAGUGGUAGCUGUUGUAGUAGCUGUAGUGGUGCUACUGUACACGCAGCUGUAGGGACUGUCUGCAG